GGAGAGCGCGGCGCGGCGUGCGCGUGCACGAGCGAGCUGGCCUGCCUCGGCUCCGGCAGCGGCGGGCGCGCGCGGUCGCGGCGGCGGGUGUACGCGGCGCGGGCUGUUGUGCUCCCGGCUGUCCUCUUUCCCUUCCUUGGCGGGUGGAGGAGGCCGCCGAAGCGUUUCUGGGCGCCCUCCAGCUUCCUUCCCUCCGUGUCUUCCGCGGCCCUCUCGCGCUGCGCGGCCUCUCAGACGCAGGACUGUCCCGGCCCGGAUAUGGCUCGUGGACAGCAGAAGAUUCAGUCUCAGCAGAAAAAUGCCAAAAAGCAGGCUGGACAAAAGAAGAAACAAGGACAUGAUCAAAAGGCUGCUGCCAAAGCUGCCUUAAUAUACACCUGCACAGUCUGUAGGACACAAAUGCCAGACCCUAAGACCUUCAAGCAGCACUUUGAGAGCAAGCAUCCUAAGACUCCACUUCCUCCAGAAUUGGCUGAUGUUCAGGCAUAAAGUUGUUUACAGGUGAAUUCAUGACACCUUGAUUCUUCUACUGUCUCAGACCUUAGGUAACAAACCUGCAGCUGCUUUUCUAACAAACUGUUGAUCAGCAAAAAUAAAGGGGCUACAGAAACACUCAUUUUUAUGCUGUUCCCUUUUGAGCUUCAUGCAAAGACAAUUCUGUGUAAAUGUACAGUUGACUCUGAUUUGGAAAUCUGAAAAUCAGUUCAUCCUUGUUAAAAAAAAUUUUUUUACAAUGUAAUUAUAUUGAUGUUCAUAUUGUGUAAAAUAACUCAUUUAAUAAAGUAGUACUUUGAUUUUACAUCACAGGACACAUGGUUCUAGAAAUUCUGUUCUAACUUUUCUUAUUUGCCUUUUAAGAAUCUAAUAAUUCCUUAGCUAAAAUUGCAAGUACAAUUCUUAUCUCCCUUUCUCAUUUAUUCAUUAAAGAUUCAUUUGUUAAGGUAGUGUAUAUGAUUUUAAUGGCAGCUGAUGAUGUAGGUUGAAGAGUAACUUACCUGCUGCCUUAGUAUAUUGCAAUUAUGUGCCAUUGCUCACCUUUGAUCAUUUCCUGUGUUUGAAGUUAGAAUAUUUAAGCUUGAUGUAACUAGUUCUAGCUGCCAGCCAAGGUUGCCUGUAAACUGUGAUUGGAUUGUCAGUGAACUCUUCUGAAAGAUUAGGUUGUGAAUUGUAUGCCAUAAUGAUAUAAUCAUUAGGCCAGUUGUUUAACAGAAAAUAUGAUGGGAACCAAUGUGAAUAGGUAAAGAUCUGCAUUUUAUAAAGUCCAUGGGAUUCUUUGCAAAUCGUUCAAGUUCCUUAAUUUGAAAUGGGAACAACUUCUGAGUUUUUGGAAGUUGCUAUUUGGCCAAUUUUAUGAAUGGAUUUUUGCAUUUAACAGGAAGAUUAGAAUGAUUUAUGGCUAGAUAAUUCUGGAAUACUCCCUCUCCUUUCUACACUAAGUAAAAUAUUCAUUUUAGGGAUUUACUUGUGUUGGUUCCUAAAAUCAAAGCCUAUUUGUACAGUAUGAUUUCCAUCUGAACUAGAAAAGUAUUAAAGUAGGCCAAUAUCCACAUUCUUUUGGCUCUGCCUAUGGGGAAGUAGUUUUGUUGAGCUGGAUGAGGUAAAGCCUACUCAAUUAAGCAAGACUAAUUUUAGUGUUCUUUUAAUUUGCUUUUAUCAACUAUUAUGCAAGUAAAACUGCUGUAGCUCAGUUUGAAAUUGAAAAGUAACAUAGCAGGAAGACCACUAGCUGCAUGUCUGAUCCUGUGGAUGACAAAAUGCAUUCCCUCAUGCUCUAUGUCAUCACUGCACUUGUUUUGUAGCUUUGCUUACUCUUCCCACCGUGUUUGUCUUCAUUGUAAGUUGGAAGUAAUUGAUUUGUAAGGAAAGCUUCAAUGCCCGUUUCUUAGCAGCUCCUGUUCUUAGACCGUAUUUUUAAAAAUGUAGUCCUUUUGUUUCAUGUAUUUAAUUUCCUAAGUUUCAUACUUAGUAUCUAAUGUUUCCUAAUAUGUCAAUUACCAGAACAUUAGAAUUUUACCUGAUUUCUUGUGGCUAUCACAAAAGUUCUGGUUAAAUUUCAAUCUAAAAUUUAAAAAUUUGAAUUUUAAAAAGUACUUUGAGCAUAUGUAUGUUUAUUUUUAGUAACAAAUCAUUUAAAACCCCUCACAACUUUUGGUUGAUUUUUUUUUUUCUGAUGUAAUUUAGAAUAAAAGCUUUUUGUCCUUGUAUUCAACUCUUUUAUAAGCAGCUGAAGACACCAUAUUUAAUUCUAUCUCAGUGACAGGGAAAGUAGUUGGCUCAAUCUAAUAUGAGACAGUAGUUCUUAAUAUUGGGAUCAUUAGUGCAUUUCCCUUUUAGUCUGUAUGAGUUAAAUCUGCUAUAUGGAAAAAAUUACUACAAGUCUUAAACAUCUUUAUUACUUAAUUGAAGAUUCUUUAACAGAUCACCGCAGAAUUUGUUUUACAACUAUUAUGGUGUCUUCAAAGACUUAAAAUACACUGAGAGAAUUGGUCCAUUUUGUACUCUGUAUUUACAUUAGUUGCCAAAAGGAAUGGGGUUAAGAUUAUACUUGUUUCCAUUCUCUACCUAUGGAUAUGCAUCCCCAUGUUUAACUGACAUGGGGUCCCAGUUGUGUGCUGAAAUGUCUUAUUAAAGAAGAUGUUAAA